AACCACUUAAGACUGCCAAACAAAAACAAAACUCUCAUUUUCAUUUUCACGCUUUCUCUGCCACUCUUUUAAUUCAUCGGUUUUCCUUGUUUUUUAAGUAGUACCGACUGCCGGCGAUUGUUCGCCGGAGAACGAAAGAAGCUCGCAGGGGGAAAGAGAGAUGAAGGCACUGGUGAGCGAUGAUGUUCGCGUGAAUUCCCAAGGCAAUCACGUUACGUCCUCGUGCCGUCGCGUAUUUCGGGAACUUUAACCGUAUCUGAAAAGAAAUAAAAACCCUCAAGCAAAAGCGACUUAACUUAGAAGAGUUUUGAAGUUAUUCUAUACUUUGUCCGGCAAAACUGAGGCAGAAUUAGUAUAUAAUAAUCAAAGCUUAUGAGUCCCGAGUCUUGGUAAACCGCAUUGAAUUUUGGCCCUCCCCAGAAAAAAUAUUAUGAAUUUCUGUGUUGAUGGCCUUUGGCUGACCUCAUCGCUAAGCCAUAAUAUUUCUUCCAGUUAUCAAAGCGAAGAAUCAGAAAGAGCUUGAAGAGCUGCCGUGAAAGCAAAAGGGGUUUUUGUUCUGUUUUGUUUUUAUUUAUUUAUAAUCAAAAGCUGUGAAAAUUAUCAAUAUGCCUUUCCCAAUGAAGAUCCAGCCUAUCGAUUUCAGCCCUUCGGAAGAGGUGGUGCCGCCUCGUUUGGAGACGGUGAAGCCGGUUGUGAAAUCGCGGUUCAAGAGGCUGUUUGAGCGCCAGUUCCCUAGCAUUCUGAGGAAUUCCGCGGCGGAGAAGGUGGACGCUGAUGAGCUGCCUUUUAGCAAAGAAUGCACCACCACCGAGCUGGAACCGAGCUCAUUUUGCUUGGCGAAGAUGGUGCAAAAUUUCAUCGAAGAUAACAACGAGAAACAACAAUCUGGUGCCGUUAGGUGUAGCCGUAACCGCUCUAACUGCUUCAAUAGUAACUGCAACGACAGCUCCGAUGACGAUAUGGAUGGUUUCGGUUUCAGCGACUCCAAUCUCUCUUCUUCAGCUGAAGCAUCUGAAAUUCUAAAGAGCUUGGUUCCUUGUGGGAGUGUGAAUGAAAGGAAUUUACUGGCGCAUACAGCGAGAAUCAUGGAGAAGAACAAGAUCUCUAAACGUAAAGAUGAUAUCUGCAGGAAGAUUGUUAUUGAUGGAUUACUUGCCUUUGGAUACGAUGCUUCUAUCUGCAAGUCUCGUUGGGAAAAAUCUCCCUCUUAUCCUGCCGGGGAAUAUGAAUACAUAGAUGUGAUAAUCGACGGGGAGCGAUUGCUGAUCGACAUCGAUUUCAGAUCAGAAUUCGAAAUCGCCCGAUCAACGAAGACCUAUAAAUCAAUCCUCCAAAUGCUUCCCUUCAUCUUCGUUGGUAAAGCCGAUCGUCUCCAGAGGAUAAUUGCUAUUGUUUCCGAGGCGGCAAAGCAGAGCCUGAAGAAGAAGGGAAUGCAUAUUCCUCCAUGGCGUAAAGCUGAGUAUGUCAGCGCCAAAUGGCUCUCUCCUUAUAACCGAGCCACGCCGUCUCCUCCUCCACUUACUCCCACACCCACAACUGGUACACUUAGAGAAUCUGAAUUUGAUUCCAAAGCUAAAGAGAAAGACCAGCAACCUUUUACUGAAUUGAAUUCCGAGGACAAAUACUCGGUUGAAGAUGUUGAGUUGGGUGAGUCCAUAUUUGCUUUGUCUGAGAGCUCUGAAGAAGAAGAGAAGGAAAAGGUGGAGAAAGAAGAGUGGAAGCCACCUGAAAUAAAACCCAAGAGCUCACAGAUUGGGAUUACGUUCGUGACUGGUUUAGCUUCAGUAAUCGAAGAUGAACCAAGAAAAUUUUGACUUUUGAUAUAUAUAUAUUUUUGGGUCUUCUCUUUCCCCAUUUGGGUUAUUAGAGAAUCAUAAAAUUAUAGUUAACUGUUUAAAUCCCCUUCUGUUUUUUUCGUGUAAGGGUUGAUCUCUGAUUUUACUACUAAUAUGAAAUCAGAUUGUUAUAUUAAAAUAGUUAAAGAAAAGAUAUAAAAAUUUUGUUCUUAAAA